AUGGAGCCCCGUCGCCGCUCCAAGCGCAGCCCACUCCUCCACGCUGCGCUGCUGCUCGCGCUCCUCGAUUCCACCGCGGCCAUUCCGUACACCCCGUCCUCCCUCUUCCUCUCAUCGCUGCACAAUGAUUCUCUCGCCUACCUCCUACAGCCCAGCAGCUCCACCGAGGGCAAGACCGAGUUUCUGUCGCUGAACAUAUCCACCGACAUCGACACCACAAACCCAACCUACCACACCUUGCUCACGGAGACUCCGUUCCAGAGUACCGAGCAGCACUCUGCCUUCAUCCCCGUCAUCGAUGACCGCGGCAUCAUCUCCGUCUACACCGGAAAUUGUCAUAAUGUAUCGGGGGCCGACUCACUCUGGCGAUUCCAGCCCGACCGCACCAGCGCGAUCGGCAAUGGAUCCUGGACACAAUUCUCGGUGAACUCUGAGGCAGGAGAGACAAGACCACAGUAUCUGGCGGCGGGUUUCUCGUUCAUCCCCAACAACACGACUGGGACCUCGUUCUACGCUUUUGGAGGAAUGUGCCCGUUCGCCAAUAGCACAGAUGACACCUGGGUCUCCGCAGCGACCUACUCUCAAUCCAUGGUUGUCAUGGGUGCCGAUUCUCUCCAUGGCACUGAAUACGACGCGACCAUGACAGGAGACCGCGCACCGCCUGUCCCUGAGGCAGGAAUGGUUGCUGUUCCCUUACCAGCUACAUCCUCCUUGACACAAAGCCAGCAAGAUUUCUUGUUCAUCGGAGGACAUACACGAGAAGCCUUCCUUAACAUGUCUCAGCUCGCGAUAUUCUCGGUCCCACAGGAAAGCUGGACCUUUGUGACGGUCAACUCGGACGCGAAGCCCCGAACAGAGCUCGCUGUGCGAGACGCGGCGACUGUGGAGCCUCGAUCUGGCCACGCUGCUGUUCUUUCUGACGAUGGAACGAAGGUAUUUGUGGUCGGAGGCUGGGUAGGAGAUACCACUACCCCCGCUGAUCCUCAGUUUGCGGUUCUCCAUGUUGGGGAGGAAUACGGUGGCGCUGGUGAAUGGGCCUGGACUGUUCCAUCCUCUGAAGGAGUGGGGAUUGCUGAAGGAACGGGACUCUUCGGGUACAGCAUUCCCAAGAUAUCCUCUUCGAAGCGGUCUACAUCUCUCAGCGGCCGUAAUUCCCAGGUCUAUCUCUACAACACCACCUCGCGCAGCUGGAUUACGUCCUACAGUAACCCGUCGGUUAGUCCUGCGCCUGCAUCGGCAUUCCAUGAUCAUUCCCUCUCAUCAGGCCAGAAGGCUGGACUUGGAGUUGGACUGGGUCUCGGGAUUCCACUCGUCAUUGCCAUUGCCAUCUGUGUAUGGAAAUAUCAUCGAAAACGAAUUGUACGAAGCAAGCGAGAUUCACAGCUCCGCGAGUUGGCUCUCAGUGCGGAACGAGCUCACUUCUGGGGUCCAGGUGGUCCCCACCAGGCAAGCAGUAUCCGCAGCUCGCAAAUGAGCGAAAAAGAUCCUGUCCCCGCGUACCGUUGGUCUGCAAAACGGAGUGCCACCUCCCGGCCUGCCUCCUGGAAAGAGCCCGGCGAUGGAGCUGCAGAGAGGACCGGUUUGCUGGCGGAGGUUCCCAGCCCUACCAAAGGUACGCGUUCCAUGAGCCAGCAAAGGUCGUAUCGUCCAUCAAGUUACGCCGACUACAGGCGCAGCGAUACCACGUGUGAUAUACAUCCGAUCGACGAGCGUGAGGAGGAUGAGGCGAUGUUCCGGGAACGCCUCAUGGCAACCAUACCCACCGAGGCAAAGCUCACCGGCCAUGAGACGGAGGACCCAUUCGCAGAUACCCCGUUCGCUACUCCCCGGAGCACCAUCUUCGGCGUGGGCCUGGGUCCCUUCUACAGUCGACGGAUGGACAAUGACGGACGUGUCUCCCCAGCAAAGAGUGACCGGACAUCCACCAACUUAUCAGACUCUUCCGCAUUCUCAUUCUCCUCAGCCACCACCAGACCAACCGGCCAAGUUUCUCAAGCACGAGCUGUGCUCGUGGAGCGGCCCUUAAGCUGGGGCAGCAAUGGUAGCCACUCGUUCGAGCAGCUCGCAGCCGGAUCGACGCACAGUCGAGAGUCAACACACAGUGACGUAGACGGCACGACCGCGCCAUCUGUGAAAUCCUUCUCAACUGACUCCUACUCAACCGCCCAAACCACCUUUUCCCACCGCCAGGCCGAAAACGAGUCCCUUCUCUACGACGUAAACGAAACCAUCACCCCCAUCACCCCCGUCAGCCCCUUCGACUCCUCCCCUUCAAAACUCCCGCCUGCAUCAAAGCCCAAAGCAUCCGACUGGAUGCUCAACACCGUCCGCCGCGCCUUGACCCUCACCCGCCGCGGAACAACCAGUCAGCGCGACUCUGAUGAAACAGCUCACCUAGCCUCGGGCAUCGACCGCCACAGCACAGUCAUGGGCUCCGGGCCCAUGCCCACGGGCAGCGGCGCCAACACGCCCCGCCGUACAGUCAGCGCUUCCGCGGAGCUGUUCCGCCGCAAGCAAGGCGCGAAGGACUGGAACGCGACGAAGCGUCUGUCCGAGGGGGCCGUCGGCCAGCCCCGCGGUACACGCAAUGACCUCUUCCUUGGCGCACCGGGCUACCUCGGCGACGACGAGACCUGCGACGAGUAUGAGGAUGACUGGGACGUCGAGGGCGCGGCGGAGGGCCGCAAUGUGCAGAUGACGUACACAGUGCCGCGCGAGAAGCUGCGGGUCGUCAAUGCUUCGGCGCGCGAUAUGGAUAAUAUCUCGGAGCGCUCUACUAGCAGAAGUGUUCGCACUAUCAGCGAUUCGGCGGCUCGCCGGCGGGUCAGCCGCUAG